GUCCGCGCACACCCUGAGCCGCCGGACCCGAGCGAGGACUCCCCGCGGCCCGGCCGCACCCGGUCCGGAACGGUGCCACGAUGUGGGGUGCAGGUGGCCCUCUGGCCUGGCUCUCAGCUGGCCUAGGUGGUGUGAAUGCAAGCAGCACAGGCCCAGCUGCAGAGGGGUCCGCAGGCCCCGCAGCCCCGCCGCUGCCCUCCCCCACAGCUUGGGACGUGGUGCUGUGCAUCUCAGGCACGCUGGUGUCCUGUGAGAAUGCCCUGGUGGUGGCCAUCAUCGUGGGCACACCUGCGUUUCGUGCCCCCAUGUUCCUACUGGUGGGCAGCCUGGCCGUGGCAGACCUGCUGGCGGGCCUGGGUCUGGUGCUGCACUUUGCUGCCAUCUUCUGCAUUGGCUCAGAGGAGAUGGGCCUGGUACUGGUGGCCGUGCUGGCAAUGGCCUUCACCGCCAGCAUUGGCAGUCUGCUGGCCAUCACCGUGGACCGCUACCUUUCUCUGUACAACGCCCUCACUUACUACUCAGAGACGACGGUGACACGGACCUACGUGAUGCUGGCCCUAGUGUGGGGAGGCGCCCUGGGCCUGGGGCUGCUACCGGUGCUGGUCUGGAACUGUCUGGAUGGCCUGACCACUUGUGGGGUAGUCUCACCUCUCUCCAAGAACCAUCUGGUGGUCCUGGCCAUUGCCUUCUUCAUGGUGUUUGGCAUCAUGCUGCAGCUCUACGCCCAGAUCUGCCGUAUCGUCUGCCGACAUGCCCAGCAGAUCGCGCUCCAGCGACACCUGCUGCCCGCCUCCCACUAUGUGGCCACCCGCAAGGGCAUCGCCACGUUGGCCGUGGUGCUUGGCGCCUUUGCCGCCUGCUGGCUGCCCUUCACUGUCUACUGCCUGCUGGGUGAUGCCCACUCCCCACCCCUCUACACCUAUCUCACCCUGCUCCCCGCCACCUACAAUUCCAUGAUUAACCCCAUCAUCUAUGCCUUCCGCAACCAAGACGUGCAGAAGGUGCUGUGGGCCAUCUGCUGCUGCUGUUCCUCUUCCAAGAUGCCCUUCCGCUCCCGUUCCCCCAGUGAUGUCUAG